UGAUAAAUUCCUCAUCUAAGGUAAGAGUAAUAUCGAGUUAUUUUCCUGUUUCCACCGAUGUUAUGAAUGACCAUGUGCAAAGCUUACUGCACAUCAAGGCUUACUUCAAUUACUAUGUUUAAAAUCCUGAAGUACUUUCAGAAUUACACGUUUCUAGGCUAUUGCUAGCAGUGGAACACCACAGACACAAUGGAAACGUCGCCUAACUUUGAGGUCACAGUAGUUACAUUUUCAUGCGACAAACGGAAAGUAUAUUAGAUAAUAUGGAGCAAAAAGCAACAAGUUUCCAUGAGUUGUGCUUGCCUCUACAAACUGUUGGUGGAAAUUUUGCCCAUUAAAGCACCAGGCGCGGGCUGGCCACCGAGAAGCGGUGUUGGCAAAAUGUACCAAGGCGGACCCCCCAUCCCGGCUGAUUUUUCGUUGCCAGGCUUUAAGCGAGCCACUCAUACCUUUCGACCCACCGAGCCUGCACACAAAAAACGUUACGAUUCGUGUAUAUACUUCACAUUGUGAGGCUUACUACGGGCACCUGGGGACCCUGAUCCGAAAUCGAGGGGGCUGGUGCCAAACAGACCCUUCUUCUCACCCUCAGGCUCGCCACUGCAACUACAGCAGCCGUUGCAACGCUGUUUAGCUGAAGCCUUCACAGAGCGACCAGGGACUCAAGGGAGCUGAAUCGUCACCUGGAUAUAAUUAAUGAAAUCCUCUAACUACAAAAAGCGCUGUUCCCAUUGUGAAGUCCCUGCAUUUUCUCAGUCAACUGUCCCAAACUAAGCACAUGACUAUCCCCGCUGCAUUUUGUAGGUGGACAGGAUUUAUACCGUGACAGGAGAAACAGGCGCGUUGUACACUGUAGCAGUCAUAUCUGUUACACAAUGAAAUGAUUCACGACGUUUUUUUCUCCAUAUUUAGUCUUUCAUCCGUAGUGACGAUUCCUUAUGUAGGACCAACGCGCGUGAAAAUUGAACAGAUUUCUUGAAUCGAAAGUAGCCUAUUUGUCCUGUCGGUGCUUAUCAGCGCAGGCGCCCGUGAAAACACAAUACAGCAAAGAGGCUGUAUAUUUAAUGAAACGAGCUAUUUAAUAGUGGGUCCGGUACCAGUAACGUGUUUUGACUGACGGGAGACAGUGUCUGAAGCAGUGAGAGGAACACUGAUAAGCCUCAUCAGUAUGUCCGGUGCCGAGACACCGUUCCAGGCGGUAGGAUUAAUACCGCUCUUUAGGUAAGACAGAAGAAGGUUCUGUGUUUUUUUUUUUUAUAAGGCGAGCUGUAUAUGACCAGGCUAUUCCUUUACACUUGUUAGUAAAUUUCGCACAUCUAGGUUAUUUACUGUGGGCGCGCAUCACAUUUGAGGUGUUAUAAACAGUCUACACCUGGUUACGUCACAGCUGUAGAUAUCCCGCUUGGGUGACAGCGACUGUCUGGAUUGUACUGGCAUGUCCCACUCCACCAACUCUCUCUCUCUCUCCACACACACACAUACACACACACACAGCGAGAGAGAGAGAGAGAGAGGGUAUCUCUCCCUGCCGAUCCACACAGCUGCGUUGGGAGUAGGCAGACCGGUCAACAGAAGCUGUAAUAAACAAGCACGCACACAUAAAUGUUCUCGCACUUGAAAUGCAAGACAGCUAAUUUCGGAGUCACAGUUAUCGCACUCUAACAGAAAUCAGGAGAUGGACGGACGUGUAGGAAUAACAGCGACAGUCUCUGAGGAAAUAAGUAGAUUAUUUCUUUUUUAAGCGAAUUGAAAAGCAGUUUUCGCAGUGAUGACAAAGAAUAAAUAAUUUAAGUCUUCUUGAGAAGAGACGGAAGCUAUGGCAUUUCGGAAGGCACUACAUUUGACUUGCUAUUCAGACAUCUUCGGAAAUAAAAGAGGACUUCUGUGUGUGCGUUACUGCGAUCGGGCGGUAAGGCACACAGUUUGACAGUCAUAAUAUUCUCUCCACAGGACAAAGACAGUCAUAGUCUGCACAUCAAGCAAUACAGAUCAAUGAGGAAUGCGAGAGUGAUUUGUGGUCCUAUCCAGACGGAGUUAAUGAAGCCCUCGGCGGUAGCAUGCGUCUCCACGAUCCCAGCGCGCAGUCCUUGAGGCUAGUCUUUCUGCUGAUCUUUGUGAUGGGGGUGGCACCCUCCCCGGUUUUCACCGCGGGCUGCCCGGACAGAUGCGUGUGCGACGAACAGCUCGUGGUCCAGUGCUCCGGGCAACACCUGACUGAGUUUCCCCUCAGCCUACCGCUAGCCACCCGCCAGCUCAUCAUCUCCAACAAUCUGAUUAGGGAGCUUCCAGCACUGGAGCUCAACUACUUGUCCGACUUGGUGUACCUGGACUGCAGCAACAACUCCCUCAGCGAGAUCGUAGAAUCCACCUUUGGGAACCUCAAGAAGCUUGCAUUCCUAGACCUGUCCUUUAACGCGCUGACGGUGGUAGACGACAGGACUUUCAGCGCGUUGGUCGGCCUGGUGAUGCUGAGGUUGACGGACAACCCCGGUCUGUCGGAGGUUCACCCGGAAGCCUUCGCGGAGAACACGGGGCUGCAGGUGGUGGACAUCAGCAGGAACAACCUGACCCUCCUGAACAUCACCUCCUACAUCACCAUGCCUGCCCUUCGCGCCCUGGGCCUGAGCGGCAACCCGUGGCGCUGCGACUGCGAUAACGAAGACCUCUGCCUUUGGAUGCAACUCGAGCCAUUCAGGUUUCAAGACCAGGGGGUGACUCUAUGCCAAAGCCCCCAGGACAUGGUGGGGCAGCGACUGGCGGAUGUGGGCUACCAGCUGCGUGAGGACUGCCACCCGGGGCUCGACUACUGGGACUACGUGUUCCUCACCGCCGUGGGCAUCGCCAUCUUUUCAGGGGGCACCAUAUCCGCUUGGGUCAUGGGAGUGGUGUUUGUGCUCUAUGACCGUUACUUCGAGAAGAAGGAAGACGAUGAAGAGGGUGAAGAGGAAGAUUUCCAGAGAGAUAGCUCUCGAAAUGGGGACGUCAAGCCCGGCAAGAACGUUUGACAGCCCCGAUCGGCAGAGGGGGGGGCUCAGGUCAGGAGAUGGGAUUCACAAGUCUUGAAGCGUGCCUUGAUGUCAUGGAGACUGGGAGAGGGAGAUGUCUAUCACGUCCUCUGAGACGGUACAGUCUGCCCAUUAAAAACACAGGAGGCCGUUCUUCCCACAACUUGGUUAUGAUUCUUUGUUUGUAAACAAAAAGCAAGCAUUAUCAAAGACCCCAUCAUCAUGGCUGUAGGUUAACAUUGCCCCCAGGAGUCCUAAGUAGGCUUGCUGUUCCCCGUGUUCACUUCCAGAGAGACCUUGGUGCUGUUAUCCACGGUGGCUAAGAAUGAGGUUUCCCUACAUUUCUUUCUCACAAAGCAGCAAAUGCCUUUGGAGAAUUUGGAAAGCUAUUCAGAUGGUGUGAAGACACCCAAAAAGAGCUCUACGGAAUGAAGGAAACUAUUGGUUUGAGGAUGUUUUUUGUCAAAACACAUCUCCAAAAAUCCAGUAAUCGGUCACUUAUAUGUGGGUUGGUUCUAUAAAGCUAACUUAGCUCCCUAUUGUAAUAAAUGCCUGUUCAAAUCCUAUUUGCUAGGGUAUUAACAAAUGUCUUCUUCCAUCAAGACUAAAUUGUCUCCCGAAAGAAUAAUGGGCUUCCAAUCCAUUAGGGAGCAGUCAGGUUUGCCCUGGGUUAUUAAUGACACCAUACCUAACAAAAAUGGCAUUGGAACAAAAUGUCAUAGAGAGUCAUUGAGUCUAGACAGCAGUGAAUGAGAAGGUAUUGAUCGAUUCAGGUCAUUUGGGCUGGACAAGGUUGAACGGCUCUCAUCGAUGCUCCACCCGUAGCCUUAUGGUCAUGACGUAAUUCUUCAGCAAUAAUGUCACAAGCAGGAGGGUGUGCAGGAGGGGAGCUUAACACCAGUCUAGGCUAAGCUGGUUUUACCACAGGGGCGCUGGGGGCAAAAGAUUCUUUGAAAUGUCAUGGAACACACUGUCUGAGGGGUUAGCAAAAUCAGGAAUCAAAUGCAGUUCAAUCCCACUGUACCUUAGCCUCUGCUAAUGGGCUCAGCUCCUCAUAAAUGCUACAGAGAAGCUGUAUCUAUUGUGCAUGCUUAUCCUGGCCAGACUCAGAAGCGAUGACAGCACUGAAGCUCCUGUGCUUGGAUUUCUGCAGCACUUUCACAGAGCCUGUGAAUCAGCGAUAGGGGCCAGACAAGUGGAUCAGAAUCCUCCAGAACAAGUAGAUCUUUCAUACAGUAGUGCUUACGCGAUCCUUAGAGCACAGACAAAAGCAGAAAAUGGUACCAGCUGAAAGUACCAGCUUCGUGUGCGGUGAUCACAGCGACGGCCCUGCACGCCUGUAGUUUUUGGGUUUUGCUGCCUAUCACAGAGAUCAUUAUUAAUAAAGCAAUAAUGGGCAGUACUCAGUCACCAGAAACCCCGCCCUCUCACAAUGAAGCCUUUGCUCUGUCCCGCCCCCCCAGGCUAAGUGCACGUUUCAUUGGCUGACUGGAUGUGGCAAGACUCACCAGAAACUCAGGGGUUUCUCACUGUUUGACAGUGGCAAUGCCUGCAUUGUAAAAGGCACUUUAUCAUGCAUCUCGAAUGGAAGCCUGUGUUCUUGUGCAAGUUUGUAAUAAUAAUAAUAACAAUGAUGAUGACAAUAAUGACAAUAAUGAUAAUAAUAAUAAUAAUAAUGUAAUCGUAUUUUUUUGUAAUUGAAUGGGGCUACAAUUAACAAGUUGAACCGGUGACUGUUCCUUGUGUCUUUUAGAUCUAAUCUGUCUUAUGCUAAAGUAAAGCUCUGUGUAUAUGGA